AUGCCUGCCAAGCAAGAGGGCAUGAUCUUCAAGGCCACCUACAGCGGUGUGCCUGUGUACGAAUGUCUGAUCAAAGGCGUGAGUACUGGCUGGCUCUCUACUGCACGACGAUCGAAUGCAUGUGCUAACACUGCGACGACUGCUUAGGUUGCUGUGAUGCGACGCAGAUCCGACUCGUGGAUGAACGCUACACAUAUCCUCAAGGUUGUGGGCCUGGACAAGCCACAACGUACGCGCGUCCUGGAACGAGAUGUGCAAAAGAACACGCAUGAGAAGGUGCAGGGUGGAUACGGCAAAUAUCAAGGUGCGUGCGAGCGGUCUUGAGAGGGCAGCGCUCGUGCUACAUGUCGAGCAAGCUGACGACUUGAUGCUGGACACUAGGUACCUGGAUCCCCUUGGAGCUAGCUGUCCAGCUGGCAGACGAGUACAAGGUCGCUCAUCUUCUUGACCCGAUUACCGGCUAUCAGCCCACCGCCGAGUCGCCUCCACCAGCACCAAAGCAUGUCAUUGCACCAUCCAGUCGUUCCAAAAAGGCUUUGGGCGAGGCUCGCGCUGGUGCUCGGCGCGCCACGAGCCUAGAGUCGGACAGCGAGAUACUGAGCGGAGGUCGUGCGCAGGGCACGGAGGGCACAAUGAGCCCCAGCCCAUCUCAAAUCAGCAGCUCUAGUCGCACACCCAGCCCCAUCGCUGGUCAAUCGGCAGUGCCGACCUACUACACCUCGCAGGGCGCUGGUGCAGUCCGCAAUGAAGGUGCUGGAGGUGCAGCAGCUGCAGCUGCUCAUAGCAUGGGCAUCGAUCCAUAUGUACGGGAGCCCAGUCCUCAGUCUCGAUAUGCCGAGAUAAUCCUGGACUAUUUCAUCUCGGAGACGACGACUAUUCCACCCUUGCUCGUCUCUCCGCCCGCCGACUUUGAUGCGAACAUGUCCAUCGAUGACGACGAGCACACUGCGCUCCACUGGGCUUGCGCCAUGGGACGGAUUCGUGUAGUCAAGCUGCUUCUUUCUGCAGGAGCCGACGUGUUCAGGGUGAACGGCUCGGGUCAAACUGCCCUUAUGCGAGCGGCCAUGUUCAGCAACAACUACGACUUGAGAAAGUUCCCAGAACUGUUCGAGCUGCUGCACAGGUCCAUUCUCAACAUCGAUCGCAACGAUAGGACCGUCUUCCACCAUGUCGUCGACUUGGCGCUUUCCCGCGGCAAGCCUCACGCUGCUCGGUACUACAUGGAGACGAUGGUCAAUCGUCUUGCAGAGUAUGGCAGCCAGCUGGCAGAUAUUCUAAACUUUCAAGACGACGAAGGAGAGACACCUCUGACCAUGGCAGCAAGAGCGCGUUCCAAGCGUAUCGUCCGAUUGCUUCUUGAACACGGCUCGGACCCAAAAAUCCGAAACAAGGACGGUAAGAGCGCUGAAGAUUACAUCGUCGAAGAUGAGCGCUUCCGAGCCAGCCCGCCCCGCGGAGCAGGCUAUGGAGGGCUGCUGGGUGAGGGUACUGCAACGAAUGCAGCUCUGCACACCAGCGAAGCCGGUCAACGGGCUGGUGGUAGAGCAACACAGCUGAUGCAAUCUCUUCUGGGCAACCUGGCGGAUAGUUACGAUUCGGAGCUCAACAGCGUGGAGAAGAAGCUGGCUCAAGCUCACGCUCUGCUGGCCCAGAUCCAGGCCGAAAUUGCAGAGUCGGCCAGGCAAGAAGCUGCAAAGCAGGCAGUGGGCGGACCGGGUGGGGACGCCACGUCGGAAGCAACCGCAGAUGGUGUCAAGGGUCUUGCUAAUGCUGAACUGGCUCUGACUCGCGGAGUGGAGAAGCGCAGCCGAGAGCAGAUGGUCAGAGAAUGGGCAGAAGUGGAAGACAGCGUGAAGCGUGUGCGAACGGAGAGGAAUUUACCCGAUGGAGCCUUGCUUUCAACCUCGAAUGGCGAAGCCAGCUCGGCGACUGUCGAGAGUCUGCUCGCUCCUGCGCCAGGAGGCGAUACAUCAGCAGCCAUCGCCUCGCUGCGCCAAAAAGUGACAGACUUGAAGACGAAGCGAUCUGAAGUGGUGAAGAAGUUUGUGGAGCAUGCGAGGGAGCAAGGAGCUGGGAAACAGGCUUUGGCGUACAGGAGGCUCAUCGCUGCGGGCUUCGAGGGAAACAUUGGGGCGGAAGAGGUGGAUCACGUGGUCAGUGCUCUGGUCGAGCUGCUCGAAGACAACAACAAGGCUGGGUCGAGUGGCGUGGGUGGAGAGGGUGCCUUGGCGCCCGAUGCGAAUGCUAAAACGAGCGGCGCGAACGGUAGCGCCAACGCCAAUGGCAAUGGAGAUCAGGGAGCUGCUGCGCUACUCAAGAGUGUCCGCGCAGGAUGA